UGCACCGUCCCCCUCAAUCUCAUCAAUCUCAGCGUCUAUUUCUGGCAUCCUCUUGCAUGGUCUCUGUUUUCUUUCCUCUGCAUGGCGUCCCUCUUCCUUUCCGUUGUCAGCCUCCAACAAAUGUCACAGUUACCGUCUACAUGAACUGAGCAAUCCGAUAUCACCUCCUCCGUCCGGCUGUCCUUCGCCCCACACUCUGUGCCAGAGCCGCCAACAUGGUACAGGCUCCCAUGUUAUCCAGUCCACUCAAGACAACCUCCGAAGUGGACUGGAUCACUCCUCUCAAGUCCUACAUCCGCACCACCUAUGGCGAUGACCCUGAAAAGUACUCGGAAGAGACAAACACCUUGAACCGUCUGCGGCAAGACAUGAGAGGCGCAGGCGCCGACAGUGCCAGCGGUCGCGAUCUCCUCUACAGAUACUACGGUCAACUUGAACUUCUCGAUCUGAGAUUCCCCGUUGACGAAAAUCAUAUCAAAAUCUCCUUCACGUGGUUUGAUGCCUUUACCAAACAGCCCACCUCUCAAUAUUCCCUCGCCUUUGAAAAGGCCUCGGUCAUCUUCAACAUCGCUGCCGUCCUGAGUUGUUACGCCGCCGUACAGAACCGUGGGGAAGACAAAGACCUCAAGACCGCAUAUCACUCCUUCCAGGCUUCUGCCGGCAUGUUCACCUACAUCAACGAGAACUUCCUCCACGCGCCUUCCACCGACCUCAGUCGAGAUUCGGUCAAGAUAUUGAUCAACGUAACCCUAGCACAAGCCCAGGAAAUCUUCCUCGAAAAGCAAGUCCGCGAUGGAAAGAAACCUGCACUCAUGGCAAAGCUUGCUGCCCAGGCCGCCAUGUUGUACGGUCAGGCCAGGGAAGAGCUGGAAUCCGAACAUGCACGUGGCGUAUUUGACUCCGCCUGGUUGAAACUCGUCCAGAUCAAGGCACUACACUUCUCUUCCCUCGCCGACUACUACCAAUCACUGGCCGAUGAAGAGCAGAAUCACCAAGGGAUUGCUAUUGCCCGCCUCCAAACGGCCGAAAAGGCCAGUAAGCAGGCAUUCACUUACGCCAAGGCAUUCCCAGGCACCCCUUCACCUUCUUCCAACUUGGGUUCAGACACAGCUUCUACCAUGCAAGCCGCCACCAAAAGACACUGGGAGACUGUUCAAGAGAAGCUCACUGCCUUGGUCAAGGACAAUGAUUUCAUCUACCACCAGACCGUCCCCGUCGAAGCAUCCCUGGCCGCCGUCGGCAAAGUUGCUGCUGCAAAGGCCAUUCCCCUAUCUGAAUUGUACCAAGGCCAGGACAUCCAAAGAAUAAUCGGACCUGAUAUUUUCCAGAAAAUCGUUCCCAUAUCCGUGACCGAGACGGCCAGCAUGUAUGACGAAGAAAAGGCAAAGUUGAUCAGGUCAGAAGCGGAAAAGGUCGAACAAGCCAACGGUGAAAUGGCUGCUAGUCUGGACUACUUGAAGUUACCGAGCAGCCUUAAUGUUUUGAAGGGUGGUGCGGAUUCGGACUUUAGUAUUGACAAGGAGUUUGAGAGAUGGUGCCACGAGGUCGCCCAAGGCCAACCUUUUAACCCUGCUUUUGAUCGAUUGCAACGCGAGAAGCAAGCCGUGGUCGAUAGCCUAGCGAGGAGUUCCAAGCAGCUCGACAUGGAAGAAAGUGUGUGUGAAAAGAUGAGAUCGAAAUAUGGUUCAGACUGGACUCAACAACCCAGCUCGAGACUGACCUCAACUCUCAGAACCGAUGUCAAAAGUUACCGUGAUACAAUCGACGAGGCUGCCGCAAGUGAUAUGCAGCUCUUUGCAACCGCACGACAGUAUGAAGCUGAUUUCGAGGAAAUGAGGAGUGCCUCCGAGUCCGGCGAGGUUGAUGUCUUCUAUCAACAAGCGUUGAUCAAAGUUGGAUCAGGAUCCAAGGCCAAGGCUAAGACCGAAGGCUCACUACUUGACGAAGACUAUGAUGAGGGUGGUCUUUCUGUUGCCGAACAGAUUGCCAGAGUUGAGGAGCUCUUGAAGAAACUCAAUCUGGUCAAGAGAGAGAGAAUGCAAGUGCUGAAGGACCUGAAGGAGAAGGUCCAUACUGACGACAUUUCCAAUGUGUUAAUUUUGAACAAGAAAUCCAUCGCCAACCAAGAAGCACAAUUGUUUCAGGCCGAGCUGGAGAAAUUCCGGUCUCACCAAAAUCGACUCAUCUCCACCGUCCACAAGCAAUCAUCGCUCCUCAAAGAAUUGACCAAGACCUAUGGAGAUUUGUUGCAGGACAAACGAGUCAGAGCGGACCAGCAGCGGUACGACUCGGUCCAGAAGGGGAGGAAUGGGGUGUUGAACCGAUACAAACGGGUUCAUAAUGCCUUUGAGGAUUUGACGCAGGGCUUGUCACGAGCUCAAGGUUUCUACAACGAGAUGAAAGAGAGCGUGGACAGCCUGGAAAAGAAUGUCGAAUCAUUUGUUAGCAAUCGACGGGCAGAAGGGGCCCAACUCUUACACCAGAUCGAGCAAACGAAAAACAACGCGGCGGGAGGUCAGGCAGCGGCUGAACAAAAGAGAAUGCAAGACUUGAUGAAACGACUAUCCAUGGAACCCAAAGCCGCGUCUCCCUCACAGCCAGAAGCUCCGCCCCUUCCUCCGUUGCCGAUGAAACCCUCUCGGUCUCCAGCCCCUUUGUCCCCUUCCUAUCCUACCACCAACGCCGACCCUCGCUUCACAAUUCCUCCGCGACAUUCACCAGCGCCUGUUGUGCCAAAUGGAUAUUCGGGGAACUUGCAAUCAACCUCACAGCCCGCUGGAGCUUCUCCAAUCGAUUCCCAGCAUGCCUUUGCUCAAGGUGCUGCAACGCCCCUGUCUACUGGCUAUAAUCCCAUGGCGUACCCGGAGCGGUCAAUCACGUCUCCGAACCAACAGCCACCCCAAUCUCAACCCGUGUCCCAGGCGUAUGGCUUUUCACCCGUCACCUCACCUCCUCCAUCUACACAUAACCCUUACUUUCCGCCUCAGCACCAGCCGCCAUAUCAGCAACAAACUCCGUCCCACGCCCCUUUAACAUUCACUGCACCAAGUCAGUCAUAUCCACCACAUGCUCAGUAUGGCUAUCCCGCUCACCAACCACAACCACAACAUCAGCCCUACGCAUCCCACUCACCACAUCCUCAACCACAGCAACACCAACAUGCUCCUUAUCAGGGUUACCCUACCGCAACGUCGCCGCCUUACGGAUUCCCUCAAAACUAUGUGCCGCCGCCGCCGCCCCCUGGUCCACCUGGUGGAGGAUCUACGACUCAAUAUCCGGCUAAUCCUACAGGUGUUUGGGCAAGCGGACCCGGCGGCUACGCGAGCUAUACGGCACCGGGAAGAUUUGGGGCCGGUGCUGGUCCGACACAGCCAGGACAGCAGCAGAGCGGUGGAAGUGGAGGAACAGGGGAGACGGACCCAUGGGCCGGUCUAAGUGCGUGGAAAUAACCGGGGAGGUAAGCAAUGGCGUUGAGAGCACAGAGAGACGGAACCGGAAAGUCUGCGCAGGCUUGUGAAGCUCGGCGUCAGGCCGAGUGGAGGUGAUAUGUAUUGAGAUAAGCAGAGUGGAAUACAUUUCCAGGGGUGGUUUGAUUUAUAUGACCGAAUCGACUUGUCAAGGAGUGCCAGGGGCAUUAUGAGGGCUGUGGAGGUGGAUUGAACCACGAUUGUACUAGGUAGAAGGCUUGAGGAUAGUCAACUUGGUCGGCGACAGGUCAUGACAGUAAGUAGAAUGGCUAUGUGAUGAAACAGAAUAUAAGCAAGGAAACUCAGGCAAACCACAGACUAGGGACUGAGAGCGCAAAAUGCUUGUAGGCAUGGUGAUAAGUACCUAG